AUGGCGACCCUCUUGGCCGUAAUCUUCUUCAUCGUGGCCCUGGCGCUCCCCUGGUAUGGAAUUGCUGAGCGCGGCACUUACAGCCUUCCUGGCAGCAACACGACGAGCGAGGGUGACCUCAUUUCCUCCUUCUAUUGGACCGGCUUCGUCAUCUACAUCAAUCCCAAGGAUGGCUCGGACUCGACAGAGGAGUACUCCUGGAACGACCUCAAAGAGAUUUCGGGCAAGAGCUCCAACCGACCACAGACCGUCUACUUUGCCUGCAUGGCGCUGGCUGGCGUAUCGCUCGUCCUGUCCAUCCUGGUCUCGUGCUUCAUCUUCUGCUGCCUCAUGCGACGCAGCGCGCGUCGUAGCCUCGAGGAGUCGUGCGGCAACUGCCCCAAGUGGUCCAUCUUCCUCGCCUCCCUCCUCUCCUUCCUCACCGCCGUCGCCUCCUGGGGCGCACUCUUCGCCUUUCCCACCGCCCUGGACGACAUCGAUUUCCUCAAGUGCAAGGGAGAGUAUUGGUGCGGCUCGUUCGUGGGCUCCAAGGACAUCGGCAGCGACUCCAACCUUUACUGGGCACCCAGCAUCGGCUGGGUGUUUGCGGUGAUGGCGUCGGUGUGGGGUCUGAUAGGAUGCGCCCUUGCCCUCCUCGUGCCCAAGACCCACCAGUACACACUCAUAAACUAG